UACAGGAGAAAAGCCAUUUGAGUGCUCAGAAUGCAGAAAGCGUUUUAGUAGCAAGCAGUACCUCAAGGUACACCAGAUGAUCCAUACAGGGGAAAAGCCAUUUGAGUGCUUAGAUUGUGGAAAGAGCUUUAGGCAAAUUGUCAGUCUCAAGAGACACCAGAGGAUCCAUACAGGGGAAAAGCCAUUUGAGUGCUCUCAAUGUGGAAAUAGCUUUAGUGAAAUGGGCAGCCUUAAGACACACCAGAGGAUCCAUACAGGAGAAAAGCCAUUUGAGUGCUCUCAAUGUGGAAAGCGGUUCAGUUGCGUUGGCAGCCUUAAGACACACCAGAGGAUCCAUACAGGCGAAAAGCCAUUUGAGUGCUCAGAAUGUGGAAAGAACUUUAGUCAAAAGACACAUCUCCAGCGACACCAGAGAAUCCAUUCAGGGAGAAAUACAUUUCCAUGCUCAGAAUGCGGAAAGAACUUUAGUCACAUGGGCACUCUCAGGCAACACCAGAUGAUCCAUACAGGGGAAAAGCCAUUUACGUGCACUCAAUGUGGAAAUAGCUUUAGUACCAAGGCUAUACUCAAGACACAUCAGAGGAUCCAUACAGGGGAAAAGCCAUUUGAGUGCUCAGAUUGUAAAAAGACAUUUAGUAAAAUAGGCAAUCUCAAGACUCACCAGAGGGUCCAUACAGGGGAAAAACCAUUUGAGUGCUCAGAAUGCAGAAAGAGGUUUAGUCACAUGAGCAGUCUCAAGCAACACCAGAUGAUCCAUACAGGGGAAAAGCCUUUUCAGUGCUCAGAAUGCAGAAAGCGUUUUAGUAGCAAGAAGUACCUCAAGAAGUACCUCAAGCUACACCAGAUGAUCCAUACAGGGGAAAAGCCAUUUGAGUGUUCAGAAUGUGGAAAGAGCUUCAGUUGCAUUGGCAGCCUUAAGACACACCAGAGGAUCCAUACAGGAGAAAAGCCAUUUGAGUGCUCAGAAUGUGGAAAGAACUAUAGUCACAUGUGCACUCUCAGGCAACACCAGAGGGUCCAUACAGGGGAAAAACCAUUUGAGUGCCCAGAAUGCGGACAGCGUUUUAGUCAUAUGGGCCAUCUCAGGCAACACCAGAUGAUCCAUACAGGGGGAAAGCCAUUUACGUGCACUCAAUGUGGAAAUAGCUUUAGUCAAAAGGCUAAACUCAAGAAACACCAGAGGAUCCAUACAGGGGAAAAGUCAUUUGAGUGCUCAGAUUGUAAAAAGACAUUUAGUCAAAUGGGCAAUCUCAAGACUCACCAGAGGGUCCAUACAGGGGAAAAACCAUUUGAGUGCUCAGAAUGCAGAAAGAGGUUUAGUCACAUGAGCCGUCUCAAGAAACACCAGAUGAUCCAUACAGGGGAAAAACCAUUUGAGUGCUCAGAAUGCAGAAAGAGGUUUAGUCAUGUGGGCACUCUCAAGCUACACCAGAUGAUCCAUUCAGGGGAAAAUCCUUUUCAGUGCUCAGAAUGCGGAAAGAGUUAUAGUAACAAGGGCCACCUCAAGCAACACCAGCUGAUCCAUACAGAAGUAAAGCCAUUUAUGUGCUCAGAAUGUGGAAAGAGUUUUAGGUUGAAGAUGAAGCUCAAGCGACACCAGAUGAUCCAUACAGGGGAAAAACCAUUUGAGUGCUCUCAAUGUGGAAAGGCCUUUAGGCAAAUGGGCACACUCAAGAAACACCAGAGGAUCCAUACAGGGGAAAAGCCAUUUGAGUGCUCUCAGUGUGGAAAGGCCUUUAGGCAAAUGGGCACUCUCAAAAAACACCAGAUGAUCCAUACAGGGGAAAAGCCAUUUAAAUGCUCACAGUGUGGAAAGGCCUUUAGGCAAAUGGGCGCACUCAAGACACACCAGAUGAUCCAUACAGGGGAAAAGCCAUUUAAAUGCUCACACUGUGGAAAGAGCUUUCGUCACACGAACCAUCUAAAGAAACACCAGAUGAUCCAUACAGGGGAAAAACCAUUUACAAACCCCAACUCCGGUGAAGUUGGGACAUUUGGUAAACUGUGAAUGAAAUCAAAAUGCUAUCAUUUUCAAAACAUUCCAUCCAAUCAUUAGAAGAAGAAUAUUAAAAAGACAACUUAUUGAAGGGACACUGUGUGAGAUUUUUAGUUGUUUAUUUCCAGAAUUCAUGCUGCCCAUUCACUAAUGUUACCUUUUUCAUGGAUACUUACCACCAGCAUCAAAUUCGAAGUAUUCAUUAUGACUGGAAAAAUUGCACUUUUCAUUCAUGAAAAAGGGGAUCUUCUCCAUUGUCCGACAUUUUGAAUUUCCAAAAAUAGCGAAUUUUUAGCUACAAAAAAGACUGUACUUGGGCCUUACUAGAAAAUAUAUUUUGUAAUACUUAGUGUUAAAACCAAGAAAAAUAAUAUUGUUUUGAGGCACAUGUCAUUUUGUCAUUUUUAAUUUGAUAAUUGCAACACGUCUCAAAUAAGUUGGGACAGGGAUCAGUGUUAAACAUGUUAUAAACAUCCAAAUAAGCUAAAACAACACAAGGAAAAUCAUUUCAAAAUGAAUUGUAUGAAUAAUUACCAUAGUUAUUACAUUAAGUGUUGCAUUCCCUUUGAUUUACCAUGAUUGUGUGUAUAUAAGACAUAUUUUUGUCAUUAAAAUCAUUGUAUAGGUUCAUGACAUCAUCAAAUAUAUAUUGGAUGUAGUCUUACUCUAGCACUCAAGUACAGCUAUUGAAAACGUGGCCAGAUUAAGAACGCUUCAUGUGUGCAAAUGAUUUUGUGUGUGCGAAUGAAGGUUUUAACAGUCACCUAUGCACAGUUUCCCAUGUCUAUUUAGACUUGUGAUACACCAUAUCCAGGUUGCACCACCAGGUGUAUCACAACAAGUCUACUUGAAAUAGACCCAAAAGACAUGGGAAACAUGUCAUUUGCAUACAGAAGUCAAAACAUGUCCUUCUGUUUGAAAAUAAUAGUCUUGCACAUCCUGUGCUACAGUGAAUAUGGACCAUCCAACUUGUGUUGUGUUGCGUCGAGUUUGGUGAAAAGUCAUGUUACAGCCACCGCGGACCAACAGAUUAUAUCUCAUCUGCCUCCCAUCUCUUUUUCACAGAUUAUAUCUCAUCUUCUCUUUUUCUACAUUAUUGUGUGUUUGCAUUGUGCUGAUCUUUUUUUGUUUUGGCUUGCAGUGAAUUGUCAUUGUCUGUUUGCUUUGAAUAAAUGUAUGCUGCUGUUGAAUGUUCAUUUCCGUAAUAAAUUAAUUAGUGUCCCUGAUAGUCACUAUAACAGUUUGUUUCAUAUGAUGAUGAUGAUAAUGACAAUAUGAAAAAAAAAGAAAAUGACCAUGAGGAUUUUCAUCAACAAUGACCCAGGGUUAUAAAGAAGUUUUGUGACGUAAGCCCCACUUUUGCAUUAUAAUGACUAUGUAGGUACCGUUUAUAUGUGUUAAACAGGCUGACAUUUUAUGUGCUGUGUGCACUGCAACAGGCUUUUCAGGGGCCUCCUGGCCAUGUGGUGUGGCCCCCCAGAGCUGUCUGGACCCCACUUUGAGAACCCCCCUUCACUACAGCAGUGUUUCCCAACCAGGGGGCCCCAUCACUACAGCAGUGUUUCCCAACCAGGGGGCCCUUCAGUGUUUCCCAACCAGGGGGC